AAGCAGGACACAACGAAUAGUGUGGUACACACCUCUGCAGACAUGGAACCAUCUGGAGCAGGAACCUGAAACAAAACAUUUUGUGAGCGAUGGAACAUCAGAAACCCGCUUCUACAAGUGAAGUCUACUGCUGGGGGAGACUCCGAACCAGAAGUGUCCUCCCGCUCACAGCGUCCCGCAGCAGGCUACUUGGACUCGUACUUCGGAGUCGCUACCGCACCGCCAUCCUCGCACUGGCCUGGCCGGGAUGGAGAAAGACGGCCCUGAAGCGGAGCCACCCCGCCAGCGGAACGGCUUCGUGGGCAUGCUUUACGGGGAGUUUACGGACACGCUCAACGACAAGGUCCGGUACUCCGUGAGCUUGACGGAGAGCGCUCUGACCAUCCAGAGGAUCUCGUCGUCUCCCGGUAGAACUAAGGUGGUCUUCAACUUGACAGACUGCGUCGGCUGCCGGGCGUACCGAGCGGCGGACAGCGCGGACGUCGGCGCCUACUUUACCGCCUAUUUCUACCCGUUCAAGCGGCGCUGGAUGAGCGCCGGCGUGGCCCGGCAACGAGUGGAGCAGUGCUUUCGGGUGGCACUGGUCCAGGACGCCCUGACCAACCUGCGGGAGGCUGAGAGGUGGGCUCAUGCCAUCAGGGAUGCCUCAGUGCAGCAGGCUCCUCGGAAAGCUGGUGUCACGACUUCGGCGCUGCAGCGGCCUUGCAGAGUCAUGAUACUGGUGAACCCUCACAGUGGGCGUGGCCAGGCUCUGCAGCUCUUCACCGGCCACGUGCAGGGCAUGCUCACUGAAGCUGCUGUCCCCUACAAGCUUGUCAUCACAGAGCACCAGAAUCACGCACGAGAGCUGGUGAAGAAGGCAGACCUGUCACAGUGGGAUGCUCUGGUUAUCAUGUCAGGAGAUGGGCUGCUCUUUGAGGUGAUAAAUGGUCUGAUGGAGCGUGAUGACUGGCAAGAGGCCAUCCAGACGCCUCUGGGGAUUCUACCAGGUGGCUCCGGCAACGCCCUGGCUGCCUCUGUGCACCACUACUCUCAGUCGCCUCCCGCCUGGAACGAGGAGUUGCUUCUGAGUUGUGGCUUCAUGUUGUGCAAGGGCCUGGUUGGCUCCUUGGACUUGGUGUCGAUCCACUUGGCCUCCACGCAGCGUCUCUUCUCCUUCCUGUCCCUGGCUUGGGGCUUUGUGGCCGACGUGGACAUCGAGAGCGAGAAGUACCGGCACGUCGGUGCGAUCCGCUUCCUGAUGGGCACUCUCGUGCGCUUGGCCACUCUCCGUGUCUAUCAGGGCAGGUUGGCGUACUUACCUGUGAAGGAGAAGCCCAACCUUCCCACCACACCCCAGCGCCCCUCCCUGUGUUCCUCCCUGCCCUGCCAGCUUAUCCCAAACUCCUCCCCAACACAGAACUUGCACCACCUUUGCAACAACUCCAACCAAAACACCAUCAGCAACUCUUCCAACAAUGCCAUCACCACCAAAAGACCUGACAUCCCAAGUGGCAGCAAAACCAGAGAGCCACCAGAUUCUCUUCUCCCGGGACUGGACCAACCGCUCCCACAGAGCUGGACUCUCGUCAAGGAGGAGGACUUUGUCUUAGUGCUGGCUAUUUACCAGUCCCACCUCGCUGAGGACCUGUGGGCAGUUCCUGGUGCCCUGGCGGACGACGGAAUCAUCCACCUCUUUUACGUGACCGCCGGAAUCUCCCGACCGGCCCUCCUACGCCUCUUCCUGGCUAUGGAGAAAGGAGCCCAUUUAGCAUGUGGCUGCCCCCACCUGGUCUACGAGAAGGUGCGGGCACUGCGGCUGGAGCCCAUCUCCCGGGAGGGCGUGAUCACAGUGGACGGAGAGACGGUGGAAUACGGGCCGGUUCAGGCUCAAAUCCACCCCGGCCUGGCUAGACUCAUACAUGGAUGACGACAGAUUAUCUUAAUCUUCUUCUGGGCUGGAGAGUUUUCUAGUUUGGCCUUUUUCACUCAGUGUUGAUCCUUUGUAUUUGCUGUUUUUUCAGAAGUGCCAAAGACAUUUAAUCAGCCUGUGAGAAUUCCUCUAUUUUUCUACAGAAAACAUCCUCCUAUUUUUCAAGCCCCCGCCCCGUCUGUCCACCGCUUUAACAUUCAGGGUCAAAGCCACGGAUUGUCGUCCUUGCUGCUGGCUGGUCCCAGCUUCAACGAGACAUCUUUGUGUACGUUUAAAAUAAUGUAUGUGUGCGACCGUGCAUGAGGAGCAGUGGCAGAGGAGUGCAUUGUGCACUCUGCUGUCGGACCUCAUCAGCGCACACACACAUGAAGAGAAGCACAUUUCCCCGUCCGGGGAGAUUCCAGAGGGAAUUGCCGAAGCCUCUGACAGCGCAGGCAGACGUCCCGGAAAAUCAUUUGACUAAUUUCUAUGUAGCUUAUGGAAAAAAACCUAAACAUAAACAUACUGUAAGAUGAUGAAGGCUGAGAGGAAGCAGCUGAUGUGAACCCUUCAUUUUCUUGUCUGCAGUCAUCAUCAUACUGGAAGAAUUAAACACAACUUCCCAUAUUCAAAUCCACACAUGGACAAAAGUAUUGGGACACCAAGUUAUCACGCUUACCAGGGUCUCUGCAGGUUUCAACACGUCAAAUUUAAGACGUUUUAAUGACCAAUUUAAAGGGAUAGUUCUCAUUUUUUAUUUUUACAUGAAGUUGGAUGUCAUCCCCAUCAGCAGUGUAGUGCAUCAGUAGUGACUUACUCCCCCACUCCGUCCCGUGAGCAGAGUGCGUUCCAACGAGUAACACGUUUGCAUCACAAGAAAAAAGUCAGACCUCUCAGUCGCUCGGCGUUACUUUCUCCCCUGUCGUAACACUGCGCGCCGUUGCCUUGUCCAUUGUUGUGUAUGUGUCCCACAGCGGAUGAUGAUUGCUUCAUGUUCCUCAUCACCGAAAUCCAACCAGAACUUCGCUCACGGGACGAAGUGGGGGGUAAGUGACCAUUGAUGCGCUACACUGCUGAUGGGGAUGUCAUACAAUCUAAUGUCAAAAAAUCAGAACUGUCCCUCUAAGACCCAUUUCACAUCCAUACUGGCAAAAAAGUACUAAAGACAUGAAAGAAAACCGGAGGCUUUAAAGAAUUUUUAAUGAAAUUAAGAAUUUUUGUAAUGUUUUCAGAUUCAAAUGACAGUGCUCCCUCAUUUAGCGCAUUUUUAAUUGGUUCCAGACCUGACUGUGAUAAGUGAAUAUCUGGGAACCUUAACCAAAACCUUCAACCGAAACCUAAAUAUGGUUUUUAACAUUCUCAAAGGCAUCUAGACAUGAAAUAACAUCACGUUACCCAAUAUAGUACACAUAAUAAGAGAAAAUAAGACACAAACAAGACAUAAUGUAGGCUCACAUGUUAGCAUUGGGGAGAGUUUCUUAUUGUUCUUUUUCUACUUCCUGUUUUGGACAGUACUUCCUGCGGUGGUCUUGUCUCAUCACUGUAACAUUAGUGACACCUUGAGACCAGUGUUGAAUACUACAUAUCAUUACGUCUGAAUGCAUCUUCUGAAUGCCUUAUAUUUGUAUUUUAGUUCAUUUACCCUUUUUUAUGCUUGAAAAAGCUUAAUUUAUGCAAGAACUAGGUCCAAUUUGCUUUUAAAAACUAAUAAUAGGCCAUAUUCAACCAGGAAACAGUGCUGGUGUAUUGAAGAAUACAUUUUAAAACAUUUUUUUUUACUUUUUAAGGCCAAGCGGAUAACCUGGAAAAGGUCUAGCCCAGCACCUGACUGAUUAAUUAAUUAAUUAAAAAGUGUCUCUCAAUACGUUUGUCCUUAUAGCCUUCUCCGUGGUGUGAUCACCUGCUAGCACGGGUCUAGAUUGUACCCUCCCUCCUGCUCUCUUUUGGUUGAUAAGCCAUCAGCACCUAAUGUGUCCUUAAUAUUGAUCUUUACAUCUGUUUGGAGAUUUGAAGUGAGGCUUUUACACAUACCUGGCGUGGUGCAUUUGGAAUAGCAUGCAAUCAGUGUGUGCUGCAGGGAGUCAAGCUCCGUUUAGCCUUUUGGCUGCAGCGGUGAGCCUUGGAGUGGAGGAGACUGCAAAUGUUAGCGUAAUCAUCAAAGCACUCAUCUACACACACAUCUGUUCAUGUAAGGUCACGCUGACCACACACACUCACAUUGGUAUGUCUUGGCUGACCUUCUUUCCUGACUCGGCAUAUAAAAAAGCAAACAUAAUUAUGCCAAAACUGAAAUGCCAAACAUUAGCAUUCAUGUUCCAGCCUCUCCAGGAGUGCACGACAGCCAUGCAGUAAAAUUAUUGCGCAUAUUCUUUUUCUGCUGCUCCCACUUGAAACACAAAACUAUAUCACAAAGUAUCUGAAGUCGCAUAGGUGCAUCGAAAUUUGCUGUCCUGUCUACAGAGUGUAUAGCAAAUCGCAUCCUCAAAUAUGCUACCACGGUGCUUUUGAUACACCAUUAUGUUCUCCAUGCACUGCUAAUAACCAAAUGUGUUUAAGCACAUCUCCAAAAGGGUGGAUGUCAGCUAUGCAAAUGCUAGGUCAUGGUGGCACACGUGAGGACCGAGAGCUCCCCCUACUGGAUGACUCGCGUAGAAGCAUGGCCUGAUCCUGAGCUUUUGGACUUACAUAACCCACUGUCCUCACGCUGACACUACUUUCCUGCCUUUUUACUUAACUCAUGAGUAAAUGAAGCAUAUUUGUAUGAGAAUUUCACUCCCACCCCCCAAAAAGCCAACAACCAUUUUAUUGUCAUUUAGAGAGCCUUGCAUAGAACAUAAUGGGCUUGGUAUUGUAUGGGGCGAUUUUACUCGCUUCCGUAAUGUAGCAUCCGUUUGAACACAAUUACAAUGAGUAACGUCUUUGUCAUGAGAUUGUAUACAUAAUUUAGGAGAUGUCUCACAGAGGACGUACGGAAAUGAGGUCAGACUCCCCGAUGCAGUGAGGGGUAGCCUAUUGCUAGAUUUUCAGACAAAAAUACUUUAUUUAAUUAACUUCUUUUGUGAGUAUAUAAUGCUGUGCGAUGUGCACAGUACUGGGCUCAAGAUGUCGUCACUAAGACAUCCGCUAUGUAAGCCUAAAAUAGUUAGAAUGCAGUAGGUCGUGGAUGUUAAAUGCAUUGUUUUGUCAUUAAAUGUGCCGGUCAAUGAAUUUUAAAUACAAUAGAUCAGGAGAUGUGUAUGCUGUUGUUUGAUAUGAUGCUUUGUUGGUUCAAAUUAAAAAAGUUAAACAACUGGAA